AUGAUGAAUGAUGCAGAGACGUUCAAGCAGGCGGAUGAGAAGGAGAAAAGUAGGAUGGAAGCGAGGAUCAAGUUAGAGAACUGCAUCUUUAGCAUAAAAUUAAAAAUCGAGGGGGAAGAAAUGAAGCAAAAGACAUCAAGGGAGUCGACUGAAGACAUACUAAUGAUGUGUAACAAAAACGUUUGGGAAAAGGAAACCCACGAAGACGGAAGUAAAAGAGAAGAUAUGAAGGAAGUAGCAGACAGAAUGUGUGGAAAGUAUAGCCCACUACUGUAUCUUCAUAGAUGGAAUGGAUCAAAUGCAUAUGCUCAAAAUUUAAGGCGACAACUUGCACUCUCAUUCGCCUUCUCACCCUCCCUCUCAUUCUCAUUCUCCCUCAUUCUUCUUCCACUUACUACUCCUCCUUCUCACCUCCACUGCAAAUAA